CUCACGUCCUCCCAACGCUCCUUUUUCCGCGCCUUGUCUUCUCUUCUCACGUCCGGUCUUUCAUCGUCCUUUGUAGUCUCCCACACGGCGUGUUUUAUUUCUUCCGACAACUGCAAAAUGGCGCAAACUCCCCAGCAACGCCAGGCGAACAUGCGCUUUGCAAAGGCACAGGAGGCCAAGAUGGGCAAGCCGGAGCAGGUGGUCAAGGUCAAGCGCGAGCCGCAGAAGAGCCCCAUUAGCAAGUUCUGGGUCGUCAUCCUCGGCUUCGUACUCUGCGGAGGGCUCAUCUUCGAGCUCAUGAAGCUUUUCUUCUAAGUCAUCGCGCCCAAGUGAUCCCGGUCGGACUCGAUUGACUUUCUCAAUCGACCAUGGCGACGAUCAGUACAAAAUGGGCACGAGGGAGUUGCUGCAGGCAAUAGCGACGCAUAAAAGAGGACAAAGGGUAUACUGAGAGUUUUUUU